GAGGGACGAGACACGGCUUUUCCUGUGCCGCCUGCCUGGCUCGACCUGCGCGGCCUGCGGUUUCCUAGGAACUCGAGGGCCGCGGCCGGGCCAGGCUCUGCCCGCGGCCUGCUUGGAGCUGGACCGGAGCUGUUUGGUACGGCGAGGCAGGGCAAAGGGGCAUUUUAAAGACCAUGGCAGAUGUGGAUCCUGAUACGUUGCUGGAAUGGCUGCAGAUGGGACAGGGGGAUGAGAGGGACAUGCAGCUAAUAGCCCUGGAACAGCUCUGCAUGCUGCUUUUGAUGUCUGACAAUGUGGAUCGCUGUUUUGAAACAUGUCCACCUCGUACUUUCCUGCCAGCUCUCUGCAAAAUUUUCCUUGAUGAAAGUGCUCCAGACAAUGUCUUAGAGGUGACAGCCCGUGCCAUCACAUACUACCUGGAUGUUUCUGCAGAGUGCACCCGGAGGAUAGUGGGGGUGGAUGGAGCUGUAAAAGCACUUUGUAAUCGCUUGGUGGUGGUUGAACUUAACAACAGGACCAGCAGAGAUUUAGCUGAACAGUGUGUAAAGGUGCUGGAACUGAUCUGCACGCGUGAGUCAGGGGCAGUCUUUGAGGCUGGUGGUUUGAAUUGUGUUCUCACCUUCAUUCGUGACAGCGGACACCUCGUUCAUAAAGAUACAUUACACUCUGCGAUGGCUGUGGUAUCGAGACUCUGUGGCAAAAUGGAGCCUCAGGAUUCCUCUUUAGAAAUUUGUGUAGAGUCUCUAUCUAGUUUAUUAAAGCAUGAAGAUCAUCAGGUUUCGGAUGGAGCUCUGCGGUGUUUUGCAUCACUAGCAGACCGGUUUACUCGUCGUGGGGUAGACCCAGCUCCAUUGGCCAAGCAUGGAUUAACUGAGGAGCUGUUAUCUCGAAUGGCAGCGGCUGGUGGUACUGUAUCAGGACCAUCUUCAGCAUGCAAACCAGGUCGCAGUACCACAGGAGCCCCCUCUGCUGCGGCAGAUUCCAAAUUGAGUAACCAGGUGUCGACAAUUGUGAGUCUCCUCUCCACGCUUUGCAGAGGCUCUCCACUAGUAACGCACGAUCUUCUGAGGUCAGAGCUUCCAGAUUCAAUCGAAAGUGCAUUACAGGGUGAUGAAAGAUGUGUGCUUGAUACCAUGCGUCUGGUUGACCUCCUCUUGGUGCUGUUAUUUGAAGGACGAAAGGCUUUGCCUAAGUCUAGCGCUGGAUCUACAGGCAGAAUCCCAGGACUGCGGAGAUUGGAUAGUUCUGGGGAGCGCUCCCAUCGGCAGCUUAUAGACUGUAUUCGAAGUAAAGAUACUGAUGCUCUCAUAGAUGCGAUUGACACAGGAGCCUUUGAAGUCAAUUUUAUGGAUGAUGUGGGUCAGACUCUAUUAAACUGGGCCUCUGCAUUUGGAACUCAGGAAAUGGUAGAAUUUCUUUGUGAGAGGGGUGCUGAUGUUAAUAGAGGCCAAAGGUCCUCAUCAUUGCACUAUGCUGCAUGUUUUGGAAGACCUCAAGUAGCAAAGACUCUGUUACGGCAUGGUGCAAAUCCGGAUCUCAGAGAUGAAGAUGGGAAAACACCAUUGGAUAAAGCUCGAGAAAGAGGCCACAGUGAAGUAGUGGCAAUUCUCCAGUCUCCAGGUGAUUGGAUGUGUCCAGUUAAUAAAGGGGAUGACAAAAAAAAGAAAGAUACAAACAAAGAUGAAGAGGAAUGUAACGAACCCAGAGGGGAUCCAGAAAUGGCACCGAUGUACCUGAAGAGGUUACUGCCCGUGUUUGCACAGACAUUUCAGCACACGAUGUUGCCUUCAAUAAGGAAAGCCAGUCUUGCUUUAAUCCGAAAAAUGAUUCAUUUUUGCUCUGAAGCACUGUUAAAAGAAGUUUGUGAUUCUGACGUUGGUCACAAUUUGCCCACAACACUAGUGGAAAUCACUGCAACUGUCCUUGAUCAAGAGGAUGACGAUGAUGGCCACUUGCUGGCUUUGCAGAUCAUAAGGGAUCUAGUGGAUAAAGGUGGUGAUAUUUUUUUGGAUCAGCUCGCCAGACUUGGUGUAAUUAGCAAAGUGUCAGCUUUGGCAGGCCCUUCUUCUGAUGAUGAGAAUGAAGAGGAAUCAAAACCAGAAAAGGAAGACGAACCACAGGAAGAUGCUAAGGAAUUGCAGCAAGGUAAACCGUAUCAUUGGAGAGACUGGUCAAUAAUUAGAGGAAGGGACUGCUUAUAUAUUUGGAGUGAUGCUGCAGCUUUGGAAUUAUCUAAUGGCAGUAAUGGAUGGUUCAGAUUUAUCUUGGAUGGAAAACUUGCUACCAUGUAUUCAAGUGGUAGUCCUGAAGGUGGAUCGGAUAGUUCAGAAAGCAGAAGUGAAUUCUUAGAGAAGUUACAAAGAGCCCGAGGCCAAGUAAAGCCAUCUACUUCAAGUCAACCUAUACUGUCAGCACCGGGACCCACGAAACUGACCGUAGGGAACUGGUCAUUAACAUGCUUGAAAGAAGGAGAAAUUGCUAUUCAUAACUCAGAUGGUCAGCAAGCUACAAUACUGAAAGAAGAUUUGCCUGGUUUUGUAUUUGAAUCUAAUAGAGGAACUAAACAUUCGUUUACUGCAGAAACCUCUCUGGGUUCAGAGUUUGUGACUGGCUGGACUGGCAAAAGAGGCAGAAAACUCAAAUCCAAGUUGGAGAAAACAAAGCAAAAGGUACGAACUAUGGCUCGAGACUUGUAUGACGACCACUUUAAAGCUGUUGAAAGCAUGCCUCGUGGGGUGGUGGUGACACUCAGAAAUAUAGCAACUCAGCUGGAGUCAUCUUGGGAACUCCAUACGAAUAGACAAUGUAUCGAAGGUGAAAACACUUGGCGAGACUUAAUGAAGACAGCCUUAGAAAACCUAAUUGUCCUUCUGAAGGAUGAGAACACGAUUUCACCGUAUGAAAUGUGUAGUAGUGGUUUAGUCCAAGCACUUCUUACUGUUCUCAACAAUAGUAUAGAUUUGGAUAUGAAGCAAGAUUGUAGUCAACUGGUAGAAAGAAUAAAUGUCUUCAAAACAGCCUUUAGUGAAAGUGAAGAUGAUGAGAGCAGACCAGCAGUUGCAUUAAUUCGAAAGUUAAUAGCUGUACUAGAAUCAAUUGAACGCCUACCUCUCCAUUUAUAUGACACACCAGGAUCCACGUAUAACCUCCAGAUACUUACAAGAAGAUUACGCUUUCGGUUGGAACGUGCACCUGGUGAAACUGCAUUAAUAGACCGGACAGGCAGGAUGCUGAAGAUGGAGCCCUUAGCUACAGUUGAGUCUCUGGAACAGUAUCUGCUGAAAAUGGUGGCAAAGCAGUGGUACGACUUUGACCGAUCCUCAUUCGUUUUUGUUCGAAAAUUAAGAGAAGGCCAAAAUUUUAUAUUCCGGCACCAACAUGACUUUGAUGAGAAUGGAAUCAUUUACUGGAUUGGAACAAAUGCAAAAACUGCGUAUGAAUGGGUAAAUCCUGCAGCUUAUGGACUUGUAGUCGUCACAUCAUCAGAAGGAAGGAAUCUGCCCUAUGGCCGCUUGGAGGACAUACUAAGUCGAGAUAAUUCAGCUUUAAAUUGUCACAGCAAUGAUGAUAAAAAUGCCUGGUUUGCCAUAGAUCUGGGUGUCUGGGUAAUACCUUCAGCAUACACACUUCGUCAUGCUCGUGGCUAUGGAAGGUCUGCACUGAGAAAUUGGGUUUUCCAGGUAUCCAAAGAUGGACAGAACUGGACUUCUUUGUAUACCCAUGUUGAUGACUGCAGUCUCAAUGAACCAGGGUCAACUGCAACAUGGCCCCUUGACCCAGCGAAAGAUGAAAAACAAGGGUGGCGGCAUGUUCGGCUGAAGCAGAUGGGGAAGAACGCCAGUGGACAGACGCAUUACCUCUCGCUCUCCGGCUUUGAACUCUAUGGCACUGUGAAUGGCGUGUGCGAAGACCAGCUAGGGAAAGCAGCUAAAGAAGCAGAAGCUAAUCUUAGAAGGCAGAGGCGCCUGGUGCGCUCUCAGGUCCUCAAGUACAUGGUUCCAGGAGCACGUGUUAUCAGAGGCCUUGAUUGGAAGUGGCGAGAUCAGGAUGGCAGCCCGCAGGGAGAAGGCACAGUCACAGGCGAGCUGCACAAUGGCUGGAUUGAUGUCACCUGGGAUGCUGGUGGCUCAAACUCUUACCGUAUGGGCGCAGAAGGAAAAUUUGACCUCAAGCUUGCACCAGGGUACGACCCUGAUACAGUGGCAUCACCCAAACCUGUUUCAUCCACUGUUUCAGGCACAACGCAAUCAUGGAGCAGCUUGGUGAAAAACAACUGUCCAGACAAGACGUCUGCUGCUGCAGGCUCCUCAAGUAGAAAAGGAAGCAGCAGUUCUGUGUGUAGCGUGGCCAGUAGCAGCGACAUCAGCUUGGGUUCGACCAAAACGGAACGGAGAUCAGAAAUUGUAAUGGAACACAGUAUAGUUUCAGGAGCUGAUGUCCAUGAACCAAUUGUUGUUCUUUCAUCUGCUGAAAACGUCCCUCAAACAGAAGUAGGGUCAUCUUCCAGUGCAAGCACCAGCACCCUAACAGCGGAAACGGGAAGUGAAAAUGCGGAAAGGAAGUUAGGCCCUGAUAGUUCUGUUCGAGCUCCUGGGGAGUCUAGUGCGAUAUCCAUGGGGAUUGUUAGCGUUAGCUCUCCUGAUGUUAGUUCAGUAUCUGAAUUAACCAAUAAGGAAGCAGCUUCACAACGACCCCUUAGCUCUUCGGCAAGUAACAGACUGUCAGUGAGCUCUCUGUUGGCAGCCGGGGCCCCUAUGAGCUCCAGUGCGAGUGUACCUAACCUGUCCUCAAGAGAGACGUCUAGCUUGGAGAGCUUUGUCAGGAGAGUGGCAAACAUAGCACGGACUAAUGCCACCAACAACAUGAACCUAAGCCGAAGCAGCAGUGACAACAACACUAACACUUUGGGGAGGAACGUGAUGAGCACCGCAAUUUUGGACCGUGGUGAUCUAAAUAGGGCUAUUUUGUUGACUGAAAUGUUGUUGGCUUUGUCCAUCCUAGAUUUCCUCGAUAGCUGCCGUGCCAGUACUCUCUUAGCUGAACUAGAUGAUGAUGAGGACUUGCCUGAGCCUGACGAGGAAGACGAUGAGAAUGAAGAUGACAAUCAGGAGGACCAAGAAUACGAGGAGGUUAUGAUUCUGAGACGUCCCUCCCUGCAGCGCCGAGCUGGCUCUCGCUCUGACGUAACUCACCAUGUCGUCACCUCCCAGCUCCCACAGGUCCCUUCUGGGGCAGGGAGCCGGCCUGUCGGGGAACAGGAAGAAGAAGAGUAUGAAACCAAAGGAGGCCGCCGCAGAGCCUGGGAUGACGACUAUGUGCUAAAGCGCCAGUUUUCUGCACUGGUCCCCGCUUUUGAUCCUAGACCUGGUCGUACCAAUGUCCAGCAGACAACUGACCUAGAAAUUCCUCCCCCAGGAACACCUCACUCAGAGCUCUUGGAGGAAGUUGAAUGUACUCCAUCACCUCGCUUGGCUCUCACAUUGAAAGUGACUGGGCUUGGAACAACGCGGGAAGUUGAACUGCCACUUACCAAUUUCAGAUCCACCAUCUUUUAUUAUGUACAGAAACUGCUUCAACUGUCUUGUAACGGCAAUGUGAAGUCAGAUAAACUUAGGCGUAUCUGGGAGCCCACUUACACAAUCAUGUAUAGAGAAAUGAAGGAUUCUGAUAAAGAAAAGGAAAAUGGGAAAAUGGGUUGCUGGUCUAUAGAGCAUGUGGAACAGUACCUUGGCACUGAUGAAUUACCAAAGAAUGACUUGAUAACCUACCUGCAGAAGAAUGCAGAUGCCGCUUUCCUGCGCCACUGGAAAUUAACUGGCACUAAUAAAAGUAUUAGGAAAAACAGAAAUUGUUCUCAGCUUAUAGCUGCAUAUAAGGAUUUUUGUGAGCAUGGAACAAAGUCUGGAUUAAACCAGGGAGCUAUUUCUAGUCUUCAAAGUAGUGAUAUUCUUAAUUUGACAAAAGAGCAGCCUCAGGCUAAAGCAGGCAACGGACAGAGCCCCUGUGGAGUAGAGGAUGUCCUUCAGCUUCUGCGGAUUUUGUAUAUAGUUGCAAGUGAUCCUUAUUCAAGGAUAUCCCAAGAAGAUGGUGAUGAACAACCUCAGUUUACUUUUCCACCUGAUGAAUUUACUAGUAAAAAAAUCACCACAAAAAUCUUGCAGCAGAUUGAGGAACCCUUGGCAUUGGCAAGUGGGGCUCUGCCAGACUGGUGUGAGCAGCUAACCAGCAAGUGUCCUUUCCUGAUCCCAUUCGAGACGAGGCAGCUUUAUUUCACUUGUACUGCAUUUGGUGCGUCCAGAGCAAUAGUGUGGCUACAGAACAGACGGGAAGCCACUGUGGAGCGAACACGGACCACGAGCAGUGUACGGCGAGAUGAUCCUGGGGAAUUUAGAGUGGGACGCCUCAAGCACGAAAGAGUGAAAGUUCCCCGUGGAGAGUCUCUGAUGGAGUGGGCCGAGAAUGUCAUGCAGAUACACGCAGAUCGGAAGUCAGUUCUCGAGGUUGAAUUUCUAGGAGAAGAAGGAACUGGCUUGGGACCCACUUUAGAGUUUUAUGCUCUUGUGGCGGCAGAGUUCCAGAGGACUGACUUGGGGACUUGGCUUUGUGAUGAUAAUUUUCCAGAUGAUGAGUCUCGUCAUGUUGAUCUUGGAGGUGGAUUGAAGCCUCCAGGAUACUAUGUACAGCGGUCAUGUGGACUGUUCACAGCGCCAUUUCCACAGGACAGUGAUGAGCUUGAAAGGAUCACAAAACUCUUCCAUUUCCUUGGGAUUUUCUUGGCCAAAUGUAUUCAGGACAAUAGACUGGUGGACUUGCCUAUCUCUAAGCCUUUCUUUAAACUUAUGUGCAUGGGCGACAUUAAAAGCAAUAUGAGCAAACUGAUCUAUGAGUCCCGAGGCGACAGAGACUUGCACUGUACUGAGAGUCAGUCUGAAGCUUCUACAGAAGAAGGCCAUGACUCCCUCUCAGUAGGAAGCUUUGAAGAAGAUUCAAAAUCAGAAUUUAUCCUUGAUCCCCCUAAGCCCAAACCCCCAGCCUGGUUUAAUGGAAUUUUAACUUGGGAAGAUUUUGAACUAGUAAAUCCUCACAGAGCCAGAUUUUUAAAAGAAAUUAAAGACCUUGCUAUUAAGAGGCGCCAGAUUCUAGGCAAUAAAAGUCUUUCUGAAGAUGAGAAGAACACAAAGUUACAGGAACUCGUGCUCAGGAAUCCAUCAGGCUCCGGACCUCCACUGAGCAUCGAGGACUUAGGUUUAAAUUUCCAGUUUUGCCCAUCUUCAAGAAUAUAUGGCUUUACAGCUGUGGAUCUCAAGCCAAGUGGGGAAGAUGAGAUGAUAACAAUGGAUAAUGCAGAAGAAUAUGUGGAUUUGAUGUUUGACUUCUGUAUGCAUACGGGUAUUCAGAAACAGAUGGAAGCUUUUCGAGAUGGGUUUAAUAAAGUUUUUCCAAUGGAGAAAUUAAGUUCCUUCAGCCAUGAGGAAGUCCAGAUGAUUCUUUGUGGAAAUCAGUCACCAUCCUGGGCAGCAGAGGACAUUAUCAACUACACGGAACCUAAGCUUGGCUAUACACGUGACAGUCCCGGCUUCCUGCGGUUUGUGAGGGUUUUAUGUGGCAUGUCAUCAGAUGAAAGGAAAGCAUUCCUGCAGUUUACCACUGGCUGUUCAACUCUGCCCCCAGGUGGACUGGCUAACCUGCAUCCCAGGCUCACAGUUGUACGAAAGGUUGAUGCUACUGAUGCGAGCUAUCCAUCAGUCAACACCUGUGUCCACUAUCUUAAGUUACCUGAGUAUUCUUCUGAGGAGAUCAUGAGAGAGCGUUUGCUAGCUGCUACAAUGGAGAAAGGCUUUCAUCUCAAUUGAGUUUUGAAAUGCAGAAGAGAGACAGAGUCUGGGUGAAGCCUCUUGCGUUUGUGUGCAGAGAAGUGUAUGGUUCUCCACAGUAAAGACACUUGCCUUGUUUUCCACCAUUAAGGCUUCGAAAACACGUGGAAUAAGUUCCUUAGCUGCUAAUGACAAAACAAAUCCUUUAACUACCCAGCCAGCAGGUAUCCAGCACAGGACACUGUGUUGCUUUACAAGGGCUCACGUGACUGGAAAAGGUGGCUCUACCUAACUGUUCCACAGGGCAGCCUCUCAGAUCGUCAGUGCUCACUGUAAAUGGAACCGUGUUUGUAUCAAGUUUGCCAUCGUUUCAUACUUCACACACUACAGUUGCCAUCACUGACUCCCGUUUUGCUGGCUUUUUUAGCUACUUGGUCAAAAAUACUGCUUCCUUAAAACAUAGAGUGUUAGUGAGCAUCUCCAGCCGUUUCUUUUCCUGUUUAAUGACAGACACCUGCACUACCAGAGUGUCCCGUGCUCUCCGUCUGUUCCGCAUAUAAUCAUGCACACCCUUGUCAUUUCUUUAAGGUGGGAGUAUAUUUUUUUUUCAUAAAUACCAUUCUAUAAAGAUGCAAUUCUAAAGUGUGUUUGUGCAGCUCUAAAUAAAGAUCUAGUAAGGGAGGGCAAACGCUGGUCUAGGUGCAAGACGCACUCACGCGCCUUUAAGUUUGGUUGUAUUUUCUUUGUGUAUUAUAAACAGUUAUUUAACUUGUUGCAGUUUGAAGUAAAUUUCUGAAAUGUAUGCUCAACAAUAAUCAUUAAAAUGUUUGCAGCAUAGGAAA